GUCCGCCCUUCCGUGGCCCGGACGUCGAUGAUCUGUGGGCAGCGGAGCGCGGCGACGGCGACCGGCGGCGGCAGCGGCAGCGCAGGGUAAGCGUGGCAGUCGACCAGGCCGACAUACUACACCCAUACGCCGAGGGCCAGGCGCAGGCACGGCAACGGGUCACGGAGAGCUCGCCGCGACAGGGACGUGACGAGCUGGCUCUACUCUACUAGUGGUGGUGGACGGCGCUGGCGUCGCUCUAUUUUUUUUCGUUUUCCCCCUCCCUCCUCCGCUCUCCGGUUCCGGGAAAGCUCCCGCCCUCGCCGCUCGGGGAGCGGCAGAGAAAUGCGACGGCGAUGCCCCCCUUCCUCCUCUCGCUGUCCCUCCCAGCCCUAACCCUACCCCUGCCUCCCGCCCCCGCCCCCGCCCCUCGCCGCCACCGCGUCUUCGCCGCGCCCGCCUACGGGCCGCAGCCCUGCCGCGGCCGCGUCUGCGUCUGCGCCGCCUACAGGCCCCCGCCGCGGCAGCCCUACCGCCGCCAGCCCGCCCCGGCCCCGGCCCCGGACCCGCGCCCGCGCCCGUCCAAUGCGCCCGCGCCGCCGCAGCGCGACCCUCGGGGCCAGGAGGAGGUCGAGGAAGCGAUCUACGACUUCAUGCGCCGCUCCGACAAGCCCGGCGCGUUCCCCACCCGCGCCGAGCUCCUCGCCGCGGGGCGCGCCGACCUCGCCGCCGCCGUCGAGUCCAGCGGAGGCUGGCUCUCCCUCGGAUGGUCCUGGUCCUCCGACGACGACGCGCGGCGGCCGGCCGCGUCGUCGGCCGGCCCCGGCGUGCACCCUGACUACCCGCCCGAGGCGGGUCCUUCUGGCCGACCGCCAAACUCGGCGGCGGAUUCCGUAAGGGAGCAGCAGGAACCGACGCGGUCUGGGAGGCAGCCGGAGACGGAGGAAACAGAGGAGGCAGGGUCUGGAGCAGGCCUGGAGGGAAUGCUCGCCAGGCUGCGGAGAGAGAGGGAGCGUGCGCGGCCACCGCCACGCAGCAAGAAUCAAGCGGGAGGGCAAGGUCAAAAUGGCGCUUUAAUGAACCAUAAUGGAGCUCCUAGUCGAAGUCCAACUGAUGGCAUGUACACUCGAAGGAUACCUGUGAAUGGAAAUAUACAUCGCUCUCAUUCUCAAAAUGGAAUACCAGAGGCCAACAAAUCAAGUAGUUCGGCCAAUGAUGCAUGGCGAACAUGGUCUCUUGACAAGAGUCGGUUUUCUGAUUUUGAAGCCGCUGAGAUCCAUCCUUUGAGCAGAAAACCACCGAAACGUGCUGACCUGGACACUGUGUUGAUAGAAGAUGAUGUUCCCGGACCAUCUAAUGGUGUGGUUAUAAAUGAUUAUCCUAGUGAUCAUGUAGACUCUGAAAGAGAUGAGAUACAUGCACGUUUUCAAAAUUUGGAAUUCGAUCUUGCAGAUUCUCUUAAGACAUUAAGAUCAAGAUUUGAUGGAGUUUCGUCAUAUAUGUCAAAUGGCGAAGAAGCAGAUGUGGUAAACGGGUUCUCUGAUGAUUGGGAAUUUGAAGAGACAAAAGUAAUGCAUGCCCAGGAAGAAUUACGGACAAUCCGUGCUAAAAUAGCAGUAUUAGAAGGCAAGGUGGCGCUUGAAAUAAUUGAGAAGAACAAAAUAAUUGAAGAAAAGCAAACGAGGCUUGAUGAAGUUGAGAAGGCUUUGAGUGAGCUCCGCACAGUAUCUGUUGUAUGGCCCAAUCCUGCUUCAGAAGUUCUAUUGACCGGUUCUUUUGAUGGGUGGACAAGCCAAAGAAGGAUGGAACAAUCAGAAAGCGGCAUUUUUUCGUAUAACCUGAGGUUGUAUCCCGGUAGAUAUGAGAUUAAAUUUAUUGUUGAUGGUGUUUGGAAGAACGACCCGCUGCGCCCUACCGUGAACAACCAUGGGAACGAAAACAACCUUAUGAUUGUCACUUGACCUGCCUGCAUCCUUGUAGUAACUGUGUAGAUUAUAGAUUGUCAUCAACAAUGAUUGGUGCCAACUGAUUAGAUCGCUUCUUUCUUCCUUGUAGCCUGUCAGUUUUUGCCGCCUGUCGUUUCUUGAUUGUUUUCUAGAGCCACGCAUGACUUGGACAGUGUAGGGUCAGGGUGUUGUCUUUCACCCCGCUGAGAUGGGAGAAGAAUAUAGCUGUUGGUGUGUGUGUUCUUUC